UGAAGAGCAAAUGCAUUUUGGUCAAGGCUCUGACCACUGACUUCCAUUAGUCUUCCAUUACAUAGCACAUGAGAAACCUUCAUGUGGUUCAUCAAUACGGUUUAGCAUCCACUGUGAACUGGGCGAGGCAGUCAUCACAAAGCUGGGGGAGCAAUCGGUCGCACUUAGGAUCCCUACAAGGCAGAGCAGCUUCUCAGGAUGGAGGUUAGAAAGUCCUCAAAGAGCGACAUGUCAGACCUGGAGAGUGGCAUGAUCACCAUCAUCCGAAUUUUCCACAAAUACUCGGGUCACAAGUGCAUCCUGAAGAAAGCAGAGCUGAAGGAGCUCAUCAACAAUGAGAUGACUCAUUUCAUAAUGAAAAUCCAAGAGAAAGAAACUCUGGACGAGCUCUUUGCAGACCUUGAUCAGAACGGAGACCUGGAGAUCGACUUCAAAGAGUUUAUCACCCUCAUAGCCAUGGUGACCUCAGCGUGUCAUGAUCUUCUUCCCAAACCCAGACACUGACGACUCAUCCGAAACGAAGAGUUCAACUAACCAACUUCAAUCAUGGUUCUUUAUUUCAUCAUUGAGUAGAAAAAAAAAAGUUUAUGACGUACAAAUAAUAUGUACAAGUGAUAAAAGCACAUCAAGAACCACAUAUAAGUACCGAUUGUUGUAAGGAUGAUUUCAAUAAAGUGGCUGA